CAGUGGAAUGCCGAUUUUGGAAAGGUACCAGUGCAACCCUUUGAAGGGACACCUGUGGCAAUUUGUUCGUUUCAUUUGAAAGGAAAGCAUUAAAAUGAGACUUUGGUAAAAGAAACGCAAUGCAAUUUUGUUGAUCCGAAAAGUGACCCUAUAGCUAAGGGUAUGUUGCAGGUGGUCGCAUCGGACUUCAUAGCAGCCUAUCAGAAAAGUGUAACACAUUUCUGCGCACCCAUUCUGAUUUUCCAUAGCCAGCAAUUACACCAUUAUAUGUGAAUUCGUGUCCCGGAACAAGAAGUCGUCUUAAUUAUAGUUUUGGUUGAUACUGUGUUUUAUGCGUUGGCUUUGGGCGCAUUUAAGUUAGUUGGAAAUCGUCUCAUUGAUGUGUUGAAUUUCCUGCAUCGCCUCAAUAGUGCAGUCCGUUUCCAGCGGGGGAGCGCGCUAUGCUAAUAGCAGUCAUUUUCAUUGCCACACAGUCUCAGUAUUAAAAUAUAAUGUACGGAGGAUUCAGCGAGGGUUUCAUCUGAUAAACGUAAAAUACUAAUUUGCAGCACGGUAGGCUACUGGCUUUAAAGAGCCACAGAGUCAAAAAGCGGACAGCGUUUCAUUAGAAACAGUCGACGACCGUGUUUCGGAAUUGAAGACUGCCGGGAUUUCUUUGGGAUUUUUGAAGCGUUGGAAAUUUGUGAGCACCGAUUGAACGGCGUCAUCUUGACAUUAUUCAUUCUUUAGCGAACACAUCACCGACUGGAACGCGGCUCUGUGCAUCGUGACAAUGAAUUGAGUGUUUGGGGAAUUUGCUCAGUGGCCUUGGGAGGAAAUGUCUGUGCACCUGAGGGGCCUCGCAGACUGACAGGGAUCGCCUCCUUCCUUUCGGGAGAGGAGAGAUUAAACACCCCUGCCAGGGGCCAGAGAAGAAGAGGAGAGGAGCUUAUCAUUUACCUUUGUUCUUCUUAAUGCCUCAUGAGAGGGAUCUCCAUGGGCUGGCCGCCGCUUCCUGCCAGACUGUUUAAUAAAUACCCAUGAUUCCUUCUGACAGAGGGGAAAGAAUUCUACGCACCGAUAGGCCCGACCAAAAAAUCUAAGCAAAAAAAAAAAAGAAAAAGAAAAAAAACAAUUAAUCUUUUUGAGAAUAUAUAAGAGCAGAGAGACAUGAGAAGAGACUUUUGAAGAGCCAUUGCUCCAAAGGGAUAUUUAAAUUAACCUUCCAGUCCUCUUAAUUUUUUAUUUUUUUUUGUUGCAAAGGGGAUACGCGCUUGGAUGUGGGUUUGGCCUGCCACCAUGACUCCUUCCACAGGCUCCUGGAGGGAUUUGAUUGGCUGCCGGAGAGGCGGCCACGGCUCGGCGCUGGUUCUCUUCUGCUGCUUCCUGGCCGUGCUGGCGGCCAGGCCCCGCCCCCCGGGCCACACGCACCUGAACUCCAUCCGCAUCGACGGGGACAUCUCCCUGGGCGGCCUCUUCCCCGUGCACGCGCGGGGGAACGACGGCAAGGCCUGCGGGGAGCUGAAAAAGGAGAAGGGCAUCCACCGGCUGGAGGCCAUGCUCUUCGCCCUGGACCGCAUCAACAACGACAACGAGCUGCUGCCCAACAUCACGCUGGGCGCGCGCAUCCUGGACACCUGCUCGCGGGACACCCACGCCCUGGAGCAGUCGCUCACCUUCGUGCAGGCGCUCAUCGAGAAGGACGGCACCGACGUCAAGUGCCUCAGCGGCGGGCCGCCCAUCAUCACCAAGCCCGAGAGGGUGGUGGGGGUCAUCGGCGCCUCGGCCAGCUCCGUCUCCAUCAUGGUGGCCAACAUCCUCCGCCUCUUCAAGAUCCCGCAGGUGAGCUACGCCUCCACAGCCCCCGAGCUGAGUGACAACACCCGCUACGACUUCUUCUCCCGCGUGGUGCCGCCCGACACCUACCAGGCCCAGGCCAUGGUGGACAUUGUCAAGGCCAUGCGCUGGAACUACGUCUCCACGGUGGCCUCUGAGGGCAACUACGGCGAGAGCGGCGUGGACGCCUUCAUCCAGAAGUCCCGGGAGGAUGGGGGUGUGUGCAUCGCCCAGUCUGUGAAGAUUCCCCGCGAGCCCAAGCCCGGGGAGUUCGACAAGAUCAUCCGCCGGCUUAGGGACAACCCCAAUGCCCGGGUGGUCAUCCUAUUCGCCAACGAGGACGACAUCAGACGGCUUUUACAAGCAGCUAAAAAGGCCAACCAGACUGGUCACUUCCUGUGGGUGGGGUCAGACAGCUGGGGGUCCAAGAUUGCUCCUGUUUUGCAUCAAGAGGAGAUGGCAGAAGGGGCGGUCACCAUCCUGCCAAAGCGCAUGUCAGUCAGAGGGUUCGACCGCUACUUCAUCAGCCGUACCCUGGACAACAACAGGAGGAAUAUCUGGUUCGCCGAGUUCUGGGAGGACAACUUCCACUGCAAGCUCAGCCGGCAUGCCCUCAAGAAAGGAUCGGGCAUCAAAAAGUGCACAAAUCAUGAGCGGAUCGGGAAGGACUCGUCCUACGAGCAGGAGGGGAAGGUGCAGUUUGUCAUCGACGCCGUCUACGCCAUGGCGCAUGCCCUGCACAACAUGCACAAGGAGCUGUGCCCGGGCAAGGUGGGCCUCUGCUCCAGGAUGGACCCCAUCAACGGCACCAUGCUGCUCAAGUUCAUCCGCAACGUCAACUUCACAGGCAUUGCCGGGAACCCAGUGCUUUUCAACGUGAAUGGAGAUGCCCCUGGUCGCUAUGAGAUUUUUCAAUACCAGAUCAAGAACAACACUGCAGAGUACAAGGUCAUCGGACACUGGACUGAUCAGCUCCAUUUAGACAUUAAAGCGAUGCAGUGGCCCGGCGGGGUCCGCCAGGUGCCCGCCUCUAUCUGCAGCCAGCCGUGCCGCCCGGGCGAGCGCAAGAAGACGGUGAAGGGCAUGCCCUGCUGCUGGCACUGCGAGCGCUGCGACGGCUACCAGUACCAGGCCGACACCUACAACUGCAAGAUGUGCCGCUUCGACCUGCGGCCCAACGAGAACCACACGGGCUGCCAGCCCAUCCCCAUCGUCAAGCUGGAGUGGAGCUCGCCCUGGGCCGUCAUCCCCGUCUUCAUUGCCGUGGUGGGCAUCCUGGCCACCCUGUUCGUGGUGGUCACCUUCAUCCGCUACAACGACACGCCCAUCGUCAAGGCGUCGGGCCGCGAGCUGAGCUACGUGCUGCUCACGGGCAUCUUCCUGUGCUACGCCACCACCUUCCUGAUGAUCUCCACGCCCGACGUGGGCAUCUGCUCGCUGCGGCGCAUCUUCCUGGGCCUGGGCAUGAGCAUCAGCUAUGCCGCCCUUCUGACCAAGACCAACCGCAUCUACCGCAUCUUCGAGCAGGGCAAGAAGUCGGUCAGCGCCCCGCGCUUCAUCAGCCCCGCCUCCCAGCUGGUCAUCACCUUCAGCCUCAUCUCCGUGCAGCUGCUGGGCGUGUGCGUCUGGUUCGGCGUGGACCCCUCGCAGGCCAUCAUCGACUACGAGGACCAGCGCACGUCCAACCCGGACUUCGCCCGCGGCGUGCUCAAGUGCGACAUCUCGGACCUGUCGCUCAUCUGUCUGCUGGGCUACAGCAUGCUGCUGAUGGUGACGUGCACCGUCUACGCUAUCAAGACGCGCGGUGUCCCCGAGACCUUCAACGAGGCCAAGCCCAUCGGCUUCACCAUGUACACCACCUGCAUCGUCUGGCUGGCCUUCAUCCCCAUCUUCUUCGGGACCUCGCAGUCAACGGAAAAGAUGUACAUUCAGACGACCACCCUGACCAUCUCGGUGAGUCUGAGCGCGUCUGUGUCGCUGGGGAUGCUCUACAUGCCCAAGGUGUACAUCGUUCUCUUCCAUCCGGAGCAGAACGUGCCCAAGCGCAAGCGCAGCCUGAAGGCCGUGGUCACCGCUGCCACCAUGUCCAACAAGUUCACCCCCAAGGGCAGCCUGCGGCCCAAUGGGGAGGCCAAGUCCGAGCUGUGCGAGAGUCUGGAGACGCAAGCAUUGGCUUCCAAGCAAACCUACAUCAGCUACAGUAACCAUGCAAUCUAAGAAGAGACGUGGCCCUCCAAUGCCUGGAUGUGACCUCACGCCGGGCAGAUACUAGAACACCAUCACGAGGAACCGGUUGAAAACAUGGAAAUGAUGACACAUAUAACCGUGACAACCACAACUACAAUAACAACAACAACAACAAACACAUCAUUUAAAAACAGAAAGGGUCUUUUCUGAGGAACAGGCAAACAAAUGGCAAAGCAAAGGCUGCUGGGAAGGUUCCUUGGGGGCCGUGGUGGAUGCAACAUUGACAUCCCGGUGACUGUCAGAGGCAACAGGCUGUCACAUUUCCAUGGUAACCGGAGAGUGGAUGGCUUCAGGACCAGGGCGGGGGUUUUCCUUCUGGAGUUUAUAUCACGGCUUGCUUUCAUUUUCAAGAUGUCUGUUUUCUGAAGUUGACUCGAGCUACUCUAUAAGACCAACUUGUGAAAUUAAAAAAAAAAAAAAUGUUUUGUUUUUUUUUCAUGUGCCGUGUUGUAUUUUUGCCAGUCGUGUGAAGUAACUAGCACUGUUCUCUGUUCUUGGAGAGGAGAACAGCUAAUUUGCCAA